GACCAUUCCGUGACACCAAACCACAUUAGACCAAGCCAUAUCAUUUGACGCAUGUGGUUUUGAUCGCGUGACUUUGCAGACAUCGGGAUUCCUGGAGCUUGUAGCUGUCAAGGUGGGACUCUAAUCGAGACAGCAUCUUGAAAUCAUCAAAGGUCAAACGGCCACUGAACAGCCACGCGCACAGACCACCAAUAUCAGCCCUGUAGCCUUGUCCAACGGGUCCAGCUCCCCCAUCAGCUGCAGCUGAGCUCAGCGUCGCAUUUGGUCGAUCUGGAAUGAACCAAACCCCAUCGCUGCGAUCGACCAGUCCGUUGUCGCGACUUCAUUCUCCGGCCGAAAUUCAACUCCAGUUUCACAUCUCCGCCUCGACGCCCUCCAGCAUUUGCAACAGCAAACUUUAGUGAUCCCACCGUCAUCACCAAAUCAGCGCUUAAUCGCACCACAAAAGAGAGCAACAAACUCAACGGCGUGCGCGCGCCUCGCUCCUCAGAACGUCACGAACCAGAACAACCCGCCGCGUCUCAACCUAGGCAACACCCGACAGCCACCACCACCACCACCAUCAUCACAACCGCAGCCGCAGCCGCAGCCGCCACCGCAGACCACUGUCAACAGAAAACACAAAACAAAGGCGCAAAAAUGUCAGCCGACGACCCCUCCUCGAUCCCAACCUCCACCUCCCGCCUCUCCUCCCGCCCCACCAAGCGUCUCCGCGCCUCCUCUCCCACCUCCCUUCAAGCCUCCCACCUACAACAACUCUUCGCCAAACCCGACCGAGAAAUCAUCAUCCCACCGCUCCCCUCCUCCACCACUUCUGGCUCCUCUCGACUACCUCCCCCUCCGGAAAUCGUCACCAACGUUCAGGGUUCUUCCGCCGGUGCGGGAUCGGGCGAGUUUCAUGUAUAUAAAGCUGCCCGGAGGAGGGAGUACGAACGGCUGAGGAUCAUGGAUGAGGAGGUUGCGAAGGAGAAGGAGAGAGAGGAGUUUGAAGCCAAGAAGAGGGAGAGGGAGAGGGCGGAUGAGGAAAAGACAAGGAGGAAUCGGGAGAAGAGGGACAAGAAGAAGAAUAAAGGGAAGGGGGGCAAAGGUGGAGGUGGAGGUGGAGGUGGAAAUGGUAGUGCAAGUCAAGGAGGGAGUGUGACGACAGCAAACGGGGCUGAGAAGAAAGAGACUGCAAAGACUGGGGACGAGGGAGGCGCAAAGGAGCGUGCAGCCGGAGCUGGAGCCACUAGCAACGACACCGCUGGGGAGAGUACCGCAAAGGAAGCGGACAAGUCUACUUCGGCCACGGCGGCGGCUGCUCCUGGGGCCGUAGUACCCGGAAAUGCGGAGUCUGGGCUACUUAUCGUUGAAGACGACUAAAGGGGGAUGUUGACAGUAUUGAUUUUACCCAAGCGAGUAGAGCAACCAUCAGCGACGGGGGAAAGCAUAGACAGCAUCACGCUCGGGGUUACGGAACAAGGAUUAGACCUCUCGACCAGGCCUUUCAGAACCCCUUUUAUCUACCAUGCCAAGGUCCAUCUAGCAUAUACAUAAAGGGGUGCUCAUGCAAUGGGUGCUAUGCGUGGACCACCAAAGAAUCAUUAACGGGAUAUCAUACCACCUUUUGCCGGACUGACUAUAACUCAGUAGACCCUGGGCUACCCACCCGCACCGUUCAUAACAUUUACUCAUCACCGCCGCCAGAGCUGACACCGACACCUGGCUGUGCCUUUCUGGCACUGCAGAUAUCGUCAACUCUCAAUAGGAGGCAGGCAGCCUGUUUGUAUAGAUGGUUAGUAGACAGUUAGAGAGCAUCGAAACUGAACGUCAAGAAAAAAGACAAAAAAAGUCCAAAC